AUGAUGCAGUGCGACCCAUCCUCUGCUUUCUUCGGGUUCAUGGGAGUGACGUCGGCGUUGGUAUUUGCCAAUCUGGGAGCGGCCUACGGCACGGCAAAGUCAGGUGUCGGCAUCGCCUCCAUGGGCGUUAUGCGUCCCGACAUGAUCAUGAAGUCCAUCAUUCCGGUUGUCAUGGCUGGAGUCCUUGGCAUCUACGGCUUGAUCACGGCAGUGAUCAUCAACGGUAAGAUGGAUGCUGCAAACUAUUCGGCUUAUUCCGGCUAUGCGCAUCUUGGUGCAGGCCUCACUGUGGGCAUGAGCUCCCUUGCAGCAGGACUUGCCAUUGGCAUUGUUGGAGAUGCCGGGGUACGAGCCAAUGCCCAGCAGCCUCGACUGUUUGUCGGCAUGAUCCUCAUCCUGAUUUUCGCCGAGGCCUUGGGGCUCUAUGGCCUGAUCGUGGGCCUGGUGGUCGCCUCCACAGCAGAGGGCAAAGGCAAGGGCCUUUGCAGCCCAUAUGCCUGA